AUGGCUGAGUCUAAUAAAGCUAUGAGCGAGGCUGUUCAGUCACUUGCUGAAGCACGAGCUGCUACUAGUACAAGCAAAGCAGCUACGACAGAAAUUGCUGCUGUUCAUAAAGAAAAUGAUGAGAAGAAGCCGCCCAAAUAUGAUGGAAAGGAUGCUGAUAUUUGGUGGACCAACCACAAAGAUAAUUUGACUACCAAAGUCACAUAUGAUGAGGAUGGUUAUGAGGAGGUGGAGACAACAGAAUUUGGUUGGAAGGAGUUCAAGAAGGCACUACGUGCCGAGUUCUUUCCGCCUCAUAUGAAGAAAAGGAAGAGAAUAGAAUUUGAGAAGUUUGAGCAAGGAGAUAUGUCGGUUCAAGACUUUUAUACUAAAUACUUAGAGUUGUCUCGUUUCGUACCUGAAUUGGUUCCAAACGAGCAAGAAAGAGCUCAGAAGUUUGAGGAAAAACUUGAUGUAAAUCUCCUUAGCCACAUGGGAGCUGGUGACUUCACGACUUUAAAAGAUGUUUAUGCUCGUGCCAGUAAUGCUGAAAGAAUUGAGGAGAGAAGGAAGGCCGCAGUGAAGAUGAAAGCUCCUGCAAAGGAAGAUAUCCCACACUUUGACAAGGGCAAUAAUUUCAGCCAGGAUAGGAGUAGAAAUUAUGACAAUCGGGGUUCUAAGGGAAACUUCGGUAAAGGGGCCCAAGUCAGCAGGCCUCUAGGAGUGCUAGAGUUCGUUUACGCCCCGUAG